AGCGCCAAGAAAGUAAAAUAAAGCAAUUUAAGAGCAAAUACGUAAGUGAAUUUGGGAAUAAAUUGCUAAUAAUCAAUUUUAAAUAUGAGCGCUAUAAAACGCACACAUCCUUCGGCAGAUCGGAAUUCUCAACCCAUAUCGGAGGCCUUGCUGCAACAGGUGGAUAAGAGUACACCAAAUCUACGAUUGCUGGAGAUCGCGUCCGGUUCGGGUCAGCAUGCCGGCUUUUUGGCCCCCCUCCUACCGAACAUCAGUUUUCAAACAACGGAAUAUGAGCGCAGAGAUUUCAGUUCGAUUAAGGCAUAUGCCGCCGACUGUGCAACUGGUAAUAUCUGUCCACCACUCUUUGUGGACAUUUCGCAGGAGCUGCAGCAAUGGGAGGAAGGGACGAGGGCGCAGCUAAAGCCCGCCAGCUAUGACUAUAUGUUGAACUGCAAUAUGAUGCACAUUACGCCAUGGAACUGUUCGGAGGGACUAUUUCGUGCUGCUGGCCAGCUGCUGAAACCGGGCGGCAAACUCUUCACCUAUGGACCCUAUGCCCAGGACGGCCAAUUGACGCCCCAAAGCAAUGUCGACUUCGAUGCGAGCUUGAGGAGUCGCAAUAGUGAGUGGGGCAUACGGGAUAUCAGGGAUCUGAAGCAGUUGGCCGAUUUGAAUGGCUUGCGGCUGGAACGAGUCACCGAUAUGCCGUCCAACAAUAAGUUCUUGACCUGGCUAAAGCUGUAAGCGAACGC